AUGCUCCUGUACACACUACUCGUUAGCCUGGCCGCGGUGCCAUUCACACUAGCGGAUGACCGUCCAUUUGAACCCAACGACCACGACGCCUUGGCGAAUUCGCAUGCCAUCUUCAACUCCAUACACUCCGCCGGUCGGCAAUGGGGUUCUGGGCUCAAGCACAACGGCUUCGCCAUCUUCCCUGCCGUGAUCCCCUCUGGCACGCUCCUCUAUCACGGAACUCUUUCACCCAACCCACCAAGAGGCCCAGAGUGGCUUGCAUUUGAGCCCGAACAUGCAGAAGAGUUUGCUUCCGACUGGCUGCACAUGGCUGACUCUUCACAAUAUUCUAUCCCACAACAACAACACGGUAAUCAAAAGAUCUUAAAGCGCGGCGGCCCCAACCCUGGCGAUGACGACGACGACGAUGGCGUCAGACGAGGCUAUCUCCACACCUAUCAAGCUCGCCGUGACCUCAAAGUACUAUAUCUGGACGGCAUGUCAGCUGGCAAAACUUGGUAUGGCACACUAGACACAUCCGAUUAUAUCUUGCUGGAAAACAAAUUGGGCUCAGGGUGGAAAGAAACGGCACGCGCUGAGGGUCUAUGUGAACUCGCCACGAAAUGGGGGUACAAUGGUAUCGUUCGAUGUGAAGCUGGUUUCGAAUUGAUUGACUGCGAUUUUGGUCGAGACUUUGAACUUAAGCACGCUAAGCGCCUCUUCCUGACCCCAGAUACCGCUGGAGAUGCCUCCUCGCACCGACGACAACUGAUCCGAGCCAUUGCCGAGAGAUACGACGGCGUUGGUAACCACCGUCUUCGAAUCGACUACUCGUCCGUAGUCUCGGGUCUCUUCUUCCCCGUCAACUUGACCAAUCCAAACCCAAGGCGCCCUGACCUGCACCGACUCUCUGCUACACCACUAAGCGAUCUCAAGCAGAUCAAGGACUACCUGGAGAGGGUGGUCAAAAAUGGCACAUCAUUUCUCAUCGAUUGGCAGUCUAUUGCGGACAUGAUUGUAUCUCGGUACUCCAAGCGUAUCGAAAUGAUUGUCAGCCCUCACACGAGCAACAUUACCUUUAUAAACGAGAUUGAAUGGGCUGUGCUGAUCCAUGUCAAUGCAGCAUCUUUGCCCAGUGACAAAAGCCUCGCCACGGCACGCUUGAAGGCACUAGCCGUGGAAAAUGUCAUGGAGGAGGGCCUCCGAGACUGUUUGUUCCAUUACUUCCACCCUGUACUGCCGCUGCAGGAUAAAUGGUCAACGUCGGAUCGCCUGUUGUAUCUAGCGCUGCGACGAGUGGCCAAUGAUAUUUGCACAGUCCUGUUCCGCAGCCGCAAGCGCCUAAUCGACGCCACAGGCAAGCUAGAAGACGGCCGCCGCAUCGUAUACGAUAACAAGGAUGCCAAGAUGGUGACAGCAUUGGCAGAGUCUAGAGCAGACAUGCUGAAACUAGCUGAUCGCUUAUCGUGGACGACCUGGCAAAAGGUUCACCCGUGCCCUAUUGGGGAAGAGAUGGUGACAGUCAUGUGGCCAAUGGGUACAAAAGAGGAUUACUACUCUCCUGGGUGCCGACAGCUGGAGGGCACACCGGCACGUUUUGGUUAUUGGGAGCCUGAAGAAUAA